AUGCAAGAAGAGAAGGAGAAGGCCAGGACAACAUCUGCAGCCAAAGUAGUUCAAAAGAAAGACAACAAUAACCAAGAUAUCUACCGUUCACAACAUGACAAACAGAGUACUGGUUCUCCAGGUCCUGACUAUAAAGUGUAUUAUAAUAUCGAUGAUGACCAGUUCGAUUUGGAAUCAAACUGUAUGAUUGCAAGAGAGAACAAGGUGAAGGGAGGCAGUGUGGAUGGUAUCUACUACGUCGAAGAGUAUAUCAACAAAGAUGAGGAACAAGCCAUUCUAGACAAUGUCUAUUGUGAUGACUACAAACAGCAAUGGGUAGAGUUGAAGAAAAGACGACUCCAGAACUGGGGAGGCAACCCAUCUUCAACAGGCAUGUUACAGGAACCAAUGCCAACUUGGUUGGAUGAUAUCUGCAACAGAGUGUUCCAAUCCAAGUGUCUCCCUGUCAAGCCCAAUCAUGUAUUACUCAACGAGUACUCAUACGACCAAGGCAUCAUGCCACAUAAGGAUGGUCCUCUAUUCUAUAACUGUGUAACCAUACUCAGUCUUGGAAGCACUUGUCUAAUCGACUUCUACAAACAAUUGAAUGAGGAUCCGGUUCAGUCUCUAUUGUUGCAGCCACGAUCACUACUGAUAUUCACAGGGGAGGCCUACAAGACCUACUUCCAUGGAAUCAAAGAGUCAUUUACAGAUGUUAUCACUGAGAAAGUCGUGAACAGAGGAUCCAUAGCCAUCGGUACAGAGUUAGAGAGAGAGGUUCGUGUAUCACUGACCAUCAGGAUUGUACCAAGAAUAAAGUGA